GUGUUCUCUUCUGUUCCUCUGCCUCUCUCCAUAAGAAGGGAGAAAUUAUAGACUUUGCUUUUUCCAUAAACCAACCAACCAAACUCCUAAAUGAGAGCAAAUUUGAGUCACUCAAAAAGCAAAAGCAAAAGUGGUCAAUAAUAGCUUUGCCUUUCCCUGUGAGCCUCCUAAAAAAUGAUCAAUUCGUUGUGUGGAAGUUCAGUGUCCCUCAAGAGUGAGCACAACAACUCCAGAACCAAAACAUCUUCUAAUGACUCAGUUUUGCAAUCCAAGAAAAAUAAUGCCACACAAUCCUCUUCUGAUCUAGACACUAGUUUAACCCCAUUAAGCUUAAACCUUCCAGCACUCAAAUUUGACUUAGAUGGAGAUGUGGAAGUUCAAUCACCAGAUAGUUCGAUGUGGGAGUCCUUUUUCGCUGACCAACUAGAUGCUGAUUUCAUGAUCUCUUCCCCAGUGAGGAACGUUCCUUCACCACAAGCCUCUUCCUACAAUUGCAACUACAACUACACUCAGGGAAUGCAAGGCCAGAGCCUCUCAGGGUGUUCCCCACCUCGUUUUUCAUCGUCCCAAAUUGGAGCCUUCAAUAGCAGCCACAAAGGGAAAGGACUUAGCCCCCUCCAUAGGGUCUUUAACUCACCAAACAAUCAAUACAUGCAACAUGUUGAGAACCUUUCACUGCCUGCAAUAGAAGAGUUCUUGGAGGACUAUCAAGGGUAUUCAUCAAACAAAGUGUCUUCUGACAUUGCAAGUUCAUCUGAAUGCUUUGAUUUGUCGUCUCAAAUUCCAUCCAUGUUGGAUGGCUUGACAAUGCCAAAUUCUUCAAGGUACCAUGAAGAUGAAACCUUAGUGCACGGUGGUGUUGCUGGCUCUCGCUCUUCUCAAAUUUCCCAAGAGAGCGACAUGUAUCACCAGAUGGGGUCCAUGGCUAGUGCCUCCUUGUCACAAGCUCUACAACAAGAACGCUACCACGAGAAACAACAAAAACAGCAGCAAGAGAAUCUAAUGCUGCCUAUUCCAAUAGGAAUCGAACAGGAACAAGACAGCGGGCUUCAACUGGUGCACCUGCUACUAGCAUGCGCUGAGGCAGUGGCAAAAGAGGAAUACAUGGUAGCGAGAAGGUACCUGCACCACCUGAACCGAGUAGUGACCCCUCUCGGUGACUCCAUGCAACGGGUGGCAGCGUGCUUCACCGACUCGUUAAGCGUGAGACUGAACACCACCCUCACUCCAAAACCCUCAAAACCCACUCCACCCUCGCCCUCAAACUCUCUCGAAGUCCUCAAAAUCUACCAAAUCGUCUACCAAGCUUGCCCCUAUGUCAAGUUCGCCCAUUUCACCGCCAACCAAGCCAUCUUCGAAGCCUUUGAGACCGAAGACCGCGUCCAUGUCAUCGACCUCGACAUCCUCCAAGGGUACCAAUGGCCAGCCUUCAUGCAAGCCCUCGCCGCCCGUCCCGGUGGCGCCCCGUUCCUCCGCAUCACCGGUGUGGGCCCAACCCUAGACGGUGUCCGUGAAACCGGGCGGUGCCUGACGGAGCUAGCACACUCCCUCCGCAUCCCCUUCGAGUUCCACGCCGUUGGGGAACAACUCGAAGAUCUCAAACCUAGUAUGCUGAAUCGUCGAGUCGGCGAGGCCUUAGCCGUGAACGCUGUGAACCGCCUCCACCGCGUCCCUGGGAGCCACCUCGGGAAUUUGCUCAGCAUGAUAAGGGACCAGGCACCGAACAUAGUGACCUUGGUGGAGCAAGAAGCGAGCCACAACGGGCCUUACUUUUUGGGAAGGUUUCUGGAGGCGUUGCACUACUACUCGGCAAUCUUCGACUCGCUGGACGCGACAUUUCCGGCAGAGUCAGCACAGCGGGCGAAGGUGGAGCAGUACAUAUUCGCGCCAGAGAUACGGAACAUCGUGGCGUGCGAGGGCGCGGCGAGGUUCGAGCGGCACGAGAGAUUGGAGAAGUGGCGGAAGAUUAUGGAGGGGAAGGGGUUCAAGGGCAUGGCUCUUAGUCCUAAUGCCGUUACGCAGUCGAAGAUUUUGUUGGGGUUGUAUUCGUGUGAGGGCUAUCGCUUGACCGAGGAUAAAGGCUGUUUGCUUCUUGGCUGGCAAGAUAGAGCCAUUGUUGCUGCGUCUGCAUGGCGGUGUUGAUGCAUGCUGCCUACUAUUUCAUUUCAUGUUUUUUUUAUUUUUUUUUUGUUUUCAUUAUUAAUACGAGUUAAAAAGAGACGGUUCAUGAUUCUGGUAUUAAAAAAAAAGUUCAAUUAACUCUGAAAGAGUAAGAUAGCUGAGUAAAUUAGUUAAGAGAAUAAAAAGACUCAAAAGA